AUGGCUCCUCCUGCUCGCGUUAAUCAGCUCCAAAUGGAGCAAGUUAGGAAUAUUGUGGUUGAGGAAUUCAAUAACGCUUUCAACCAACUAAUCCCAGGCGUGUCCAAUGACAUAAUCAACCAGGUCAAAGCUCUUCUAGAUGAGCGCCUCGCAGCUAUUCCCGGGGGAGCGUUACCGGCUCCACCCAUUCGGGAUUCGGCAUACUACUUCGAGAAGUUCAGCAAGUCGUCUUCAGGUCAGGGCGAGAAAAAUCCGUUGAUAUGCUACAACUGCAAAAAGCCAGGGCGUCAUUGGAAGAAUUGUAGGGCUCCCUUGGCGAGUGUAGUUCCUCAGAUUACUUCUGCUGCUCCCAUCUGCUAUCACUCCAAUGAGACGGGACACAAGAGGCCCGAAUGCCCGAAGUUGAAGGCUGGUAAAGGAGGCGAGGGUACAAAUCCUACAAUUGCAUCAUCUUCUAAGGGACCCACUAUGGUGACACGAGUUCGUGCUCACCAGAUGACUACGGAUGAGCCGGUGAUUACCGCGACAGUGGCAGAAACUCCACCAUUCCACAUCUCAUACUCGAACCCUAGAUCUCGCCUCCUUCCGUUCCUAUAUCCUUUUGGCACUUACCGAUUCUUGUCCCUUCCCCGAGACAAACGUCGGUCACCUAAACUCAAAUCCUCUAAGGAUACCUGCUCCACCAUUUUAUUUAAGAGCACGAUUCCUUCUGUUUCACCUGUUCGACACUUCCCUACGCUGCCACUUCUCUCCUCCUCACUGCGACCACAAGAGCAUCAUCUCGUCUUCCCAAUCACGCCUUCCUCAUUCGGACCAACUUUUGGAGAUGCAGAAAUAGACAGAGCAUCAUUGAAGAUUGGAGAAAAGAUUGCAUCUGGAUCAUGUGGUGAUUUAUUCCAUGGAGAGUACCUUGGUGUGAGUGUGAAGAAGGAUGUGAUCGUGACAAUCUCUUCUUGUGCAUGGGUUUGCUAUGAAUCAGAUGGUGAAAUUGAGGCUCUACGUGAAUGGCUGGAAGAUGAUGAUGCAAAAGAGAAACAACUGAAAGAAAACAUUAAAAAAUGGCAAAGGAACAAAUCCAAUGAUUUAAAUGAUGAUCACAUUGUGGGUCAAGUUGCACUUCAGUGCAGGUCAUCGGUUCAUUCCACAAAUGUAAGGGCAGAAAUGGAAUAG